UGGGGGGGAAUGGGGAGCAGGGGUGGGGGUGGUGGAUUAGGGGCGAGGGCAGGGGGUAAUAUCUGUGGAGAAAGGGGUUCCGUUUGGACUUCCGCUCUGCGGCAUGAGGGAGCGGCGGGGUCACCGGCGCAGGGGGGUAAGGGGGCGCCACAAAGCCCGCGGCCAGGGCGCCCAAGGCCAGGCCGGGGUCCGCGGGUGGCCGCAACUGGAGCCGGCAAGCAGAGGGACACAGCUGCUGCGAGAAAAACUAUGGGUGCCCUGGAACGGGCUCAUUGUGAUCGGGAAGAAAAUGGAGCUCCUGGGUAGAAACACGCAAAAGCCUAGGAUGUGGGACCAGAAGCUUGAGUCUGAGUCCUGGAGACUGGAAGAUGUGGAAAAGACGGUGUUGAAAGGGAAGUCAGGCCGGAGUCGGGAAAGGAUGGAUGUGAAGCUGCUGCACAGUGUAGCAAAUGCAUUACAGGCUUCAGAAGGUUUGGGGAAAGACAGCCCAAAGGAGGUGUGGGGAAAGCAGCAAGUCAGACGCCAAAUAGGGGCUGAAUCAGAGAGGGCAGAGACUACAGCAGAGGCUGGGAGGGGGUCUGGGUUGAAAGAGAGUUUGAAGUUUACUGGGGUAGGGACCAGUGGAGAGGACUUGAGAGCCAGAGGAUAUAAACCAGGGCAGAAUGAGGAGGAGCGGAGGUCGAGUGGAGAGAAACUGAGGUCGAGUGCAGAGAAGCUGAGUGGAGAGAAACUGAGGUCAAGUGGACAAAAGCUGAGGGCAAGUGGAGAGAAGCUGAGGUCCAGUGCAGAGAAGCUGAGUUCCAGUGCAGAGAAGCUGAGUGAAGAGAAACGGAGGUUGAGUGCAGAGAAGCUGAGGUCGAGUAAAGAGAAGCUGAGUGAAGAGAAACCGAGGUUGAGUGCAGAGAAGCUGAGGUCGAGUAAAGAGAAGCUGAGGUCAAGUAGAGAGAAGCUGGGGUCAAGUAGAGAGAAGCUGGGGACCAGUGGAGAGGAUUUGAGAUCCACUGGAGAUAAACUGCAGUCAAGUGCAGAGAAACUGGGAUCCAGUGGGGAGAAGCUGGGCACCAGUGGAGAGGAGCUGGAGACUAGUGGAGAGAAGUUGGAGGGUUCAAGAAUGGAAAGCAUAAAUGAAGAGAAUGUUGAAAGAAUGGUAGAAGUUACUGGUGGUGAAAGAUUGUUAGAAGUUACUGAUGCUGAGAUGGAAAUUCCUUUUGGAAGAGUGGAAGGGAGUGAUGAAGAGCUGGAAGGGACUGAGAAAGGGGUAGCAGGUGAGGAAGAUGUCUUGAGUGGGGCGAAUGCCAUUACUGAUGAAUCUGUUUCUAUGGAGGAGAAAGAGGUUAUAGAUGAAGAACCCAGUGAUGGAGGCAGAUGAAGGAUUGAAGCUAAAGAAGGAAAGAGAAGCAGAUAGGGGAAGUCCUGCAAGUCAACCAGGAGAAAUUAGGACCAAGCAGAACGUUGUUGACCCUGAAGGGGUAAAUGUGAAAGAGGAAAGGAGAGCGCCUGAGCCUAAGAGAGGGAGAGAGUGGGAAUGAAAUGCUGCUGGGGAUGGAGGCGGAGAUCAGGACAAAGGAAGUGAAGAAGAGUGAGAAUGAGGGACAUGAGAACAUUUUGAGAGAAGGAAAAGGUUUGAUAAUGUGUUGAUAGGUAGAGGAAAAGUGGAUAUUCGUUUCUUGGAGAAGAGCUAUUACCAAGGAGCUUGUAGGGGAAUGUUUGAGAAAUGGAUUUGAGAUGGGUUAGAAGGAUUUAAUUUAACACAUGAUUGGGUUUAUGAGUUGUGAGAGAAGGCAGAAGGAGCAAAAUGGAAAAUUACAGCAAGAGAAAGGAGAGAUAAUGAAAGUUCUGGAAGAAGAUGCAGGCUGGAGCAAGGAUCCUGGAGAAGAAUGUGGAGCUCCAGAGUGACAAAAGCAAGAGAAGAGAUCAGAAAAUAAAGAAGUGGAGAAAAAAAAUCUCUGCCUUCCUAAGAUCGUCCUCUCCUAGACUCCUCUGGUGAUUCUCUGAGCGCCGAGAAAUUGUUGCCUCUCUCUAAGAGGCCUGCGUGGGCACGAGGUCAAGACGGGCCGUUUUCAGCUGUGUGGGUCUCCAAGAUUGCACUGCACUGUAUAUAAAUUAUGACCCAAAUACUCAGACUUGUUCUUUGGCUGGAUUACAUUUUGUCCCGGACAUCAGACACAUCCUACUGGAGCCACAGAAAGAAAAAGUGAAGAUCGAGACACUGUGACAAAUGGCAGCCACCUUUCCCAGGGUUUCUGACUCCACCAGGAAGAGAGCAGUCCUGCAGCCUGGCCCGGCUCUUCCCAGCAUUUCAGGCCGUGGACUCGGUGUGUCAGACUCAUCAUCCCACCUGGCUCACCCCUGAAGCCGCAGCUGGACAAACCCUCGACUUCCGGAAGGGUGAGUUAUUCCACAAAAGGUCCGUUAUCAGGAGACAAGGAGGCUCCCGGUAACCCUGAGAAGCUUGCCUUGGAAGGAUGUGGGAGGGAGGCAGAGCCACAGGGGAGGGAAGAACAGAAGACAGGAGGUGCUGUCCCAGCAGACGGGGAAGGACAGAAAGCACAGUGCAUCCUCCAGGCCGGGCCGGAGGAAGGUCUUAGGUUAAACAUCUCAGGAGGUACAAAGGAUGGCGGGGGCCAGCGCAGCCACCGCAGAACCAAGGCACAGAGGAGGUGUGAAAUGUCCAGGAUAAAUAGAAUUGCAUGGGAGGGAGAAAAGCCAGCUCCAUCCUCGCUUAAAAAUACUUAUGCCAUCGGCACCAAAAAUAUAUUAAUAUCUGUACAUUUGUUAUCGUUAAAAAAAGGAAAUAAAACCUUGUUGGCACCUUGUAGUGAUUUCUUAAGAAUGAGAUGAUACGUGGAAAGGCCUCCUGUGUGUGUGUGUGUGUGUGUGCACACGUCUACAGCUGUGCAUCUCCCUGUCUGAAAGGCAGAGCCCCCCGCAGCCCUGGGCAUUAGAAACACUGCCAGGCAGGCAGCCACCAGCUCCCCCACCGCUGUUGUUUGCAGGGUGCUCUCUGCAGUACUCCUGACUCUGCCGGCCACAGCCACGGGGACCUGCAGCCUCCAGCCCUGCGCUCCAGAGGCGGCAGGCAACAGGGUCACCCUCACAUACCUCCUCUGUACCGGAGAGCGUGAGGAAGACUCCCGAAAGCUGGAGCGGGGCUGUGCCGCCUGCCUGCACACAGAGCAGCAGAGGGAGGAGUGACAGCCGGGGUUCAAGGGUUCCCCUGCUGUUGACCCAACUUGCCUCCACCUGAUGACGUUGAGGACAUGGGCCUGGAGCAGCUUCCCCACUGAGGGCCUCUCCUCCCUCACUCUCAGCAAGUCCCCUCUCUCUUGGAUUGAAAGCUGCUGGCCCGAAUACUGGACAGAGUGCCAGGUCCUGCCCCAUCCACAGCCUCAGACCAGGGCUGGGCACGAGGCCUGGCCCCCGGCUCUGCGGGGACGGCAGGUGAAGCGGACAUGAGCACACCUAGCCUCUGACCACAGCAGGCUGGGGCUGGGGCUGACCUGGGGGAGGUUAACUCAGCUCUGAAUGGGGGACCCAGUAUGUCAGCACAGCCCAGGUUGGUGUUAGGUGGCCCUGCAUCCUUAUCAGGAAGGGUGGGGGUCCCCUGUGCCCGUCUCCUCCAGUCCCAGCAGGUCAGCUAGCAGUGCCGGAAAGCAAGCCAGUGCCAGCCAACUGGCAGAGGCGGGCAGCCCUGGAAAUAUAACGGCGACCUGUUGUUUCCAUUCUGUGAAUGCCAAGUUUGUCUCUCAGGCAGUAUCUUUUCCCCCUUGCCCAGCCGCUUUUCAUCCCCUGCCACAAUGAAGUCAAAACGGUGUACCUCAGCCCUCACACCGGGGACGACGGCCCUGGCCAGCUGGGAACUAUGCUUCUGCUCCCACCCUCCUGUCCCGUGAGGGGCUGGGCACCCCUCUGGGGCUCAACCGACACUUGGUAAAAGUGAACGGCAUUAAAAAGGAACCCUGACAUCAAUAACAGCCACACCUGGCGCCCGUCCUCCCCAUGCCCAGAGGACUCGCCCACACCUGCUUGCUUUCUGGGACAAAUGGCCUGGCAGGAUGCUGCCUCGGGUCACGAAGGCUUGGGACAAACAGCUUGGCAGCUUGGAUGACGGCACCCAUGGGCCAGGACUCUCCCUCGCCAGAGCAAUGAGGGCCGAUUCUGACCUGCGCCCUCCAGCUUAGACCCCCACCCAACAUCCAGGACGAUCCUGCAGAGUGAGCGACCUCUCCCCUCACCCGGACGACAGCAGCAGGUGACACAGACCAGCAGAGCCCUCCCCUGCACUUGAUGGGACAGCCCCUGGGGUGUAGGUCUCCCCCGCCACUCCCACCACGGCCACCAGAACUGUGGUGGGGAAAAUCACUGGGACACAAGGAAGUCAAGGAUUUGAACCAACGGAAUUUCUCUGUCCUUUGAAAGAGUCAACACAUGAUCUGUUACUGAUUGGGAUGUGAAAUAAAACUAAAAAUAACAGCACACUGAGUCUCGAGCAGGCUCAGCUCACCUUUAACACA